AUGGAUGAAGCAAACAUACACCUAAGCCGAUAUGGAGCUUUCCCCUCCAUGACUCCGAAAUUUGACUCACCGGAUGUGUUCAACACUCCAGAGGUGCCAGCCGUGCCAGUUUUGAGCAAGCCGUUUGAGCCAAAACAACAAAUUCACUCGUGGUAUGAUCCUAGGGGUUGGUCUAGAUUUAAGAGAACGUUGGUGCUUUCUGGGGUUGGUAUCAUUGUACUCAUUAUCGCUGUUAUUGUCGGUACUAUCUAUGGCAUCAAGGCAAACCGAUACCCCAAAUAUACGCCGUUGAACUACCGGCUAGUGGAUAAAUACGAAGGCGAAUCCUUCUUCGACAAUUUCCGUUAUUUCACCGAUGAAGAUCCGACGCAUGGAUUUGUGGUAUACGUGAACCAGCAAACAGCACAAGACCUCAACCUCACGUACGCGACAGAGACAUCCGCAGUCCUGCGCGUCGACUCAUUAACACCAAACGCUCUUGCAGGCCGUAACUCCGUGCGGGUAGAGUCCACAUCAACAUACGACAACGGGCUCUUUAUCUUCGACAUCAUUCACACCCCAUAUGGCUGCGGAACAUGGCCCGCCCUCUGGCUAACGGACGGAUACAACUGGCCCAACAACGGUGAGAUCGACAUCUUAGAAACAACCAAUGAAGGCUCUCACGGCAACGAUAUCACCCUGCACACGACAGGCGGCUGCAGCAUGGAUGUCAAGCGCAAACACACCGGAUACUCUGUCUUUUCUAACUGCGACACCUCUAACGGGAAUGCUGGAUGUGGUGUGGUCGGAGAUCCGAUCACCUACGGCGAAGCCUUCAAUGCGAUUGGGGGCGGAGUAUAUGCUCUUGAACUCCGAGAUGAUGGCGUCCGUGCCUGGUUCUUUCCCCGGAAUUCCAUCCCAGGGGAUAUCGCGGAUCCUUUGCAGAUGCCUGAUCCGUCGACGUGGGGAACUGCGUUGGCAGACUUCCCUGGAACGGAGUGCAAUAUUGCGUCGCAUUUCCGGAAUCAGAGUAUUAUUGCCAAUAUUGAUCUUUGUGGGGAGCUGGGAGCUCAGCCUCAGUUUUAUGAGAAGAUGUAUAAAUGUCCUGGGACUUGCCCAGAUUUUGUUGCUAAUAACCCAUCUAGCUUUGAGGAGGCUUAUUGGGAGUUUGCUAGUUUUUCAGUUUACCAAGCUUGA